AUGAAAGACCAUUAUAUUAAUAUAUUAUUGUUUGCUCUUCCAUUAAAUAUAUUGGUAUAUAAUCAAAGGAACUAUUACAUUACACCACGUCAUACAGAAACCAACAGAUCUUUAUGUGAAUGUGAAUUAUAUUCACCUACGAACUAUGAUAGUGAUCCCGAAAUGAAAAGGGUAAUGCAACAAUUUGUGGAUCGUACAACACAACGAUUUCACGAAUAUGAUGAAAGGAUGAAAACUACACGCCAAAAAUGUAAAGAUAAAUGCCAUAAAGAAAUUGAAAAGAUUAUUUUAAAAGAUAAAAUGGAAAAACAAAUGGCACAACAGUUAACAACAUUAGAAACAAAGAUAGGUACCGAUGAUAUUCCCACAUGUGUCUGCGAAAAAUCAAUGGCGGACAAAAUGGAAAAAGAUUGUUUGAGAUGUACGUAUGGUCUAGGAACUCUUGCACCAACGGUUGGAUUAAUUGGUUCAGUUGCUGUGGGUGCGUGGAAACCUACGGCACUUAAGGCCGCUAUUGUGGCAGCUCAAAAAGCAGGUGAUGCGGCCGGUGUAGCUGCUGGUGAAGCUGCAGGUAAGAAAGCAGUUAUUUUGGCAUUACAACAUUUUAAAUUAGAUAAUUUAUUUCCUGAAAUAUAUAAUGCCAUUGUUAAAAUAAGACAUUAUGCUGAUGUCAAAAAUUUUUCCGUUGCUAUUGUUGAAGAACAUUCACUGAAAUGUCAGUCGUUGGACCUUAAGGUUACUACCAAUCCUACAUGCGAAACAUUUGAGUUUAAUAUAGGAAUGCGUAUACCUGAUAGUAGUUUCGUUGAACCAGUAGAUCAAGUUGUACCAGAAGUGUUAGACUCUCUUGUUGGAAAUAUCAAAGAGGUUGCUGAAGCCAAAGCUGCUGAGGUGGCUGCCGCUAAAACAGCAGAAUUUAAAAUAGCAAACGUUGGUGCAGUAGAAUCUACAUAUGGUAGUUGCCAGACUGCUAUUAUUGCUUCCAUCGUUGCAAUAGUAGUCAUAGUUUUAAUUAUGGUGAUAAUUUAUUUAAUUUUACGUUAUCGACGAAAAAAAAAAAUGAAGAAAAAACUUCAAUAUAUAAAAUUAUUAAAAGAAUAG